UUCAUCCUCUGGUUCCUCUUCCUUGUCUUUCUUGUAGGCGUGGCUGGUCACUCUUUUACACAGGUUCCGUAUUCUGUUCCUGAUUCCCCUGCUGUUCUUGAAUCUUGCUGACCUGACAAGCGGUGAUCUUUAACCUUUUACUGGAGACGCGUAGAUUGAUUCGUUAAUGAUCCUGUACGUCAGGCAUCCAUGCCCUUCCUCGACCCAGCUUAGGGCAUGCUGAAAAAGUUGUGACCUUUGAUAAGCAAAACGAAGCCCGCGGUUCGGCUUCUUUUCUUCUUCUUCUUCUUCUUUUCUUGAAAUUCGCCUGAGAAAAAGAAUAAAUUGGUAAUGGAGGUCUGGCCAUGGUGGCUUUGAGAACUCGAAACUCGACAUCAACCAACUGCUCCUUUUAUUCGGUGUUGCUUGUUACUCUUUUGAAGGUUUUGUAUUCUGGUUCUGAUUCUCUGGCUCUUCUUGAAUCUUUGUGACAGACAAGGAUUGAUCUUUAACCUUUACUAGAGACAUGUCAGUCGGUUCGUACAUCCAUGCGCUUCCUCAACGAGCUUAGGGAAUAUUGAAAUGUUGUGACUUUUGACAAGAAAAACGAAGCCCCUGUUUGGCCUUUUUUUUUUUUUGGAGGGAUUUGCGUGAGGAAAAGAAUAAGUUGGUAAUUGAGGUCUGGACACGGUGGCUGUGAUAACUCGAAACUCGAUAUCAAGCAACUGCUCCUAUUAUUAGGCGUCGCUUGUCACUAUUUCGCUGUGUAUUCUGGUUCCAAUUCUCCUGUUCUUCUUGAAUCUUUCUGACCGGACAAGAGUUUAUCUUUAAAUCUUUACCAUAGAGACAGGUCAAUUGGUUCGUUAAUGGUCCAGUAAGUCGCACAUCCAUACACUUCCUCGACAAGCUUAGGGCAUGUUCAAUUGUUGCGACUUUUGACAAGAAAAACGAAGCCCAGUCUUGGCUUUUCUUUCGCGAUUCAUGUGAGGAAAAGAAUAAAAUGGUAAUGGAGGUCUGGACGUGGUGGCUUUGAGAACUUGAAACUUGACAUCAAGCAACUGCUCCUGCUUUCAGGUUUUGUGUAGGCAGGGGGGGAAUGGACUGCAAUAAAGAUGAGGCUACAAGGGCAAAAGAAAUUGCAGAGACGAAGUUCAUGGCAAGGGACAUAGCAGGGGCCAAAAAGUUUGCUUUGAAGGCUCAAAGUCUUUAUCCGGGACUGGAAGGCAUGACCCAAAUGUUAGCAACACUUGAUGUGUAUGUUUCUGCAGAGAACAAAGUCAGUGGGGAGCCAGAUUGGUACGGUGUUCUCGGUGUGGAUCCGACAGCUGAUGAAGAGAUGGUGCGGAGACAAUAUAGGAAGCUUGCUCUCAUGCUGCAUCCUGAUAAGAACAAGUCUAUUGGAGCAGAAGGGGCUUUUAAACUGAUAUCACAGGCCUGGAGUUUGCUAUCAGAUAAGGUUAAGAGGGUAGCAUACGACCAGAAGAGAUUUGUAAGGACCUUCCAAAAGGUUCCUAAAUCGACCGGAGCUUCAUCAGCAACCCCAAGGGCCAAUAGUUUUUAUAAUUUCGAUAAGACCCCGAAUGCAACUUCUACAACGAAUACGACUGCGAAGAGUCAUAGGACUACGGAUCGACCACGGCACUCUUCCCAGAAGACAAAGCCAAGUACAUUUUGGACAGUUUGUCACCGCUGCAAAAUGCAAUAUGAGUAUCUUAGAGUUUACCUCAAUCACAACCUGCUAUGUCCCAACUGCCAGAAGCCCUUUUUUGCAAUAGAAAUAGCUCCACCAUCAUCUGAUAGAACUACGUCGGCUACCCCCUGGAACUUUUCCCAGCAGCAGCAGUCUGCAAAUCAUCAAGUGAGUAGCAAGGACACAAUGAACUCAGGAAGGAGUAAUGCGCCUUCUUCCGAUACUGGAGUGGGGGGAUUCAGUGGUCAUGAUUCAUACAUGCAAAACAACUUUCACUGGAGUCCAUUCUCAAAAACAAGUAGUGCAUCAACAGCCGCUCAAGCUGCAAGUGUGGUGCAACAGGCAUAUGAGAAAGUGAAGAGAGAGCGAGAGGAGGCUCAGGCAGCGACAAAAAGAGAAGAGGCUCUUCGAAGGAAGCAAGCCUCCAGAAAGAACAGCGGCAUGUCAUCGACUGGUUACACUGGUGGUGUGAAGAGAAGGAGAGGUAUGGAUGAUCUCGGUGGCAGCGACCAUGGGAGGGACGUUGCCAAUCAAAUGGGAAUGGCGAGUGGUGGUGUGGGUGCAGCUUUUUCCAAACAAGCAAACUUUGGAGCAGUUUCUGUUAAUGGCAUCACAAGGCGUAAUGUUAUAAGGGAAAUGACUGAGCUUCAAGUUCAGAAAACACUGAUUAUGAAGGCCCGGAGAGAAGUUGGCAAGAACCUAGAUGAAUUGAGAUCAGCAACUAUAGCUAAAACUGCAGGCAAGGGGAAGAGGAGUGGGAAGGAUGAUAACACUAAUGAGUCAGUGGGAAAAGUUCCUGUAGAUGGUGGCACUAAUGAUAAAACCAAGUCGAGAGAGUCUGUGGAUUCGAAGAAAGAAUAUUCUGCCGCUAAGUCCUUUCCAGGCAUUCUUAGUACAGAUGCUGGAACUUCGCAGAUGCUGUCAAUGACUGUCCUGGAUCCUGAUUUCCAUGAUUUCGAUAAAGACCGAACAGAAAAAUCAUUUAGAGAAAACCAUGUUUGGGCAGUGUAUGAUGAUGAUGAUGGGAUGCCUAGAUUUUAUGCCCUGAUUCAGAAAGUGAUUUCCUUAAAUCCAUUUAAGAUGCGUAUUAGCUGGCUUAAUUCCAAGACUAACAGUGAAUUAGGCCCCUUAAAUUGGGUUGCUUCUGGUUUCUCAAAAACUUGUGGAGAUUUCAGAGUGGGAAAAUACGAGAUUUAUGACUCACUAAAUGCCUUCUCUCACAAGGUCCGGUGGGCCAAAGGUGUGCGUGGUGUUAUUCGCAUAUUUCCAAGAAAAGGUGAUGUAUGGGCUCUCUAUAGAAAUUGGUCCCCCAAUUGGAACGAGCUGACUGCAGAUGACAUGAUACAUAAGUAUGACAUGGUGGAGGUGCUAGAAGACUAUGAUGAAGAACAAGGCGUGCUCGUCAUCCCAUUGGUGAAAGUUGCCAGAUUCAGGGCAGUGUUUCAUCGGCAUCUGGACCUCAGGGAAAUCAGAAGGAUUCCAAGAGAAGAGAUGUUCCGAUUUUCACACCAGGUUCCCUCAUGCAUGCUUACUGGACAAGAAGCUCCCAAUUCUCCCAAGGGAUGCCUUGAACUGGACCCCGCCGCCACCCCCUUGGACCUUCUUCAGGUUAUAGAAGAUGUAAAAGCGGAAGAUAUUGAAGAGAACGACGAAAGAGAAACUUCUCAUACGGAGACAUCUGAAGCUGAAAGAACUGUAGAACCUGUUCUUAGUGCUGUGGAUGCUCAGGAGGUAGCAACUAUGGAGAUUAGACAGACUACCUGACGAGUGGCAUAAAGACUUGCUUGUUUUUUCCGUGAACCAUGUACCAGGGCGCUAUGUCGUUUGAUCUGAUGUGCAUACAAAGUAAGUGCUCAAAUUGAGUUACUUGCUUCCUUGACCAAUUACAAGCAAAGAACUACCGUAACUGACUGCAGUCGUACCCGGAGGUGCAGAACUGUCUUUUAGUGACCCCAGCUCCUAAACUAUGAGCCACUUGGUUUUAGUUUAGUUGGGGUGAUCUGUGUCCAUUCACUUACUCAUGGGAAGCUCAGUGGGUGGGUUUUCUCAAAUUCAGUUUUUCAGAAUGGAGUAAGAUUGAUAUCUUCCUUCAAAGCCUUCAUAUUUCAGCAGGCAUAUCUUGUUGGAGCUGGUCUUUUACUCUAGCUGUUUACAAUGCGUGUAUACAUCUGCUCAACAAGCCAAGUGUAUCUAAAUUUUCCCCUUUUUUUGGGAUAGGCAAGAUAGGGGAGGGGAAAGAGACGAAUUGAACUCGAGAUCUCUUGAAUCUUGGUAAGUGUGGACCAAGAAUAGGCCAAGCCAUUGUUUCUGUGUAUUUUAGAGAUGUUGUGACUAGAAAAAGGAAUGCAGUCAACGAGGCAUGGUGUCUGAAUGCCGAUUACUUGUGUCUCCAGUGUUAGGGAAUGCGGAAAUCGUCUCCUUCGUUUCUGUUUUGCAUCCACAAGAGAACAUCUCAGUGGGACAGCAAUUUCUUUUAUCUCAUGUACAGUCUCUUCUUCCGAAAGCCUUUGAACUGUGUCUACAUGUACUUGCAUUUAUGAUCUGGCAGUGGUCCACUUGUUGGUUU